AUGGCUGCUGUGAACCUCAUGCGCCGCUUCGCAUAUCAGGCGAUAAUCACUCUUUCAAACGAUUUGGUCGCGGCAUUUACACCAGUGCAUGCUCCUCGAGUGAGUUUCGAUUAUGCUAGAAUUAGGACGGCUUCUGACUUGCUACUAGAAGCGGAUAAUUAUGUCAAAAACUUAGCGUCGCCUUCGUGCUCUGCGUUGUUGCUGAACCGCGUAGCAUUGGGCCGGCCGGGAAGGAUGGUUCACAAUUUCACCAACCUCACGGCGCCACCUCCCGGGUACGACUCAGUUGCCGGAGAGCCUGGAUUUGACCUCAAUUAUGAGGAAUGCGUUGUGUACAAUGACGACGCCAUCCGCCCCAAUUAUCUCAUCGUCUACACGACCCCAGAGGGCAAAUCCGAUAAAUACCCUGAUGAAGAACGGGACGAUGUCAUAAAUCAGCUAUCCUCCAAUCAAUGGGCAUUCACGGGCUUUGCAGAUGAGUAUGCGUUCCUACGAGAAAUGCAUAGGGCCUACACUUCUCUCGCGCUCGGGUUUCGACAAAGUCCCCAUUUCAAUUGA